AUGUCCAUACACGGUACCUUCAUCGAGGAGGAUGGUUUCGGGUUCGUACCCAGGCCUAAUCGCCAUAAGCACAAUAGACCCUUCGAAGUCGUUAGAAGAUAUACACUGACCAACAGUCAUAAAGCAUCGGUGCAAUUGAUAUCCUGGGGCGCUGGUAUCCAGUCCAUUAAAAUUCCAAAUGAAUCUGGCAUUUUAGGUGACGUUGUAUUAGGAUUCGACGACAUAGACGGAUAUUUGGAGAACAGGUACAUAGGAAGCAUAAUCGGGCGAGUGGUGAAUCGAAUUUCAAAUGGUCGCAUGAGAUUGAGCAAUAGAAAUUACUCCUUAUCGAUCAACGACAAGGACGGAGCUAGUCACUUCAACGGCGGUUUCUUUGCAUUCGACAACGUUAACUGGCAGUCUCACGUACUGCACAAACACGUGGUGAUGUCUCACGUGAGCCAUGCAAACAGUGAGGGAUAUCCAGGAAACAUGUUGACACAGGUUAAAUACUCCUGGACGGAUGAUAACCAGCUUCGUAUUAACAUUCGUGCAACGGCGACUCAGCCAACACCUGCCAACAUCACUACCAAUUGCUUGAUGAAUCUUGCUGGACACGCCACCGGUCCUAAUGAAUUGAAAAAGCACGUGGUGUCGAUCAACGCUGGCAGUUGGACGUUCGCGGACAUCAAAGACAAUUUGCCGACAGGUGCUAUAUUUCCCGUCGACCGUACAGUAUUCGACCUACGUUUACCGACUCAGUUAACCAGGAAACGGCUUUACAACGUACCGGGGGGUGGUUACAACCAGAACCUCUGCAUCACCAGUCCCAGCUGCUGGUCUUAUCGUUUCCACGCUAGAGUUCUGCAUCCUGCCUCGGGAAGAACUUUAGAAAUAUAUUCCAAUCAACCAGGUUUACAGUUCUCUACCGGAAACGAUUUACCAGACCUCGAUCACGAGCGUAGCGAAAUUUGGGGAAAAGACGGUGUUCGUUAUCGAAGGCACGGUGGAUUUGUUUUAUCGCCACAGAACUACCCUGACUCCGUCAAUAUAAGCGAGUUCCCUUCUAGCAUACUUUACCCUGGCAAAGUUUACACCCACGACAUAACGUACAAAUUCGGCCUGCUCACAAAAAUCUAGUUUUCCUAAGCGACUAUUCUUAGACACUUUAUACACUUUUACUAACAUUUUCCCAAAAAUGUUAAGACUCGUACUAUUCCAGAGCUCUUUCAAACUAUGGACCGAAUUAUUCUCAGGGGGUUGAAAUUGUUUGGAGUCGAACAGGACU